UCCACGACAUCAAUAAAACCACUCUCCAUCCCAUUUUUGAUAAAAUUUCCACACUGCUCAGCCUCUCUCCGUAACAUUUUCCGGUCGUUUCCUUUCCGAAGAAAGAAGAAGCGGUAGAUCGAGGCCGGUGCUCGAUACAAAUACAGCUUCCUUGCUGCCUUUUCAGCUGGUCUUUGUUGGUUCUAAUUUCUGAAUAAAUCAAGAUGGUUGUUCUUGCUGCUGCUAUUGUAAGCAAGUCUGGUAAAGUGCUUGUUUCGAGGCAGUUUGUGGAUAUGACUCGUAUAAGAAUUGAAGGUCUUCUUGCAGCUUUUCCCAAGUUGGUAGGAACUGGGAAGCAGCACACAUAUGUAGAGACAGAAAAUGUGCGCUAUGUUUACCAGCCAAUCGAAGCUCUGUACUUGCUACUUGUGACAAACAAACAAAGCAACAUCCUUGAAGAUUUGGAGACUUUGAGGCUGCUCUCUAAGCUUGUACCUGAAUAUUCCUUUUCUCUAGAUGAAGAUGGUAUUUGCAAGACAGCGUUUGAGCUGAUUUUUUCUUUUGAUGAAGUCAUCUCUCUUGGGCACAAGGAAAAUGUAACUGUUGCACAAGUUAAGCAGUAUUGUGAGAUGGAGAGUCAUGAAGAGAAAUUGCACAAGCUGGUAUUGCAGAGCAAGAUCAAUGAAACCAAGGAUAUUAUGAAGCGCAAAGCUAGUGAGAUUGACAAAAGCAAGAUUGAAAGGAGCAGAGGUGAUAAAGGGGGGUUUAUUUCUUUACAGUCAAUGGGCUCUGGAAGAAUUGAGAGUAGCUUUAGUGAUAUGAGCAUAUCUAGUGGUGGUGGAGGUGGUUUUGGAAGUGGUUCUGGCUUUGGAUUGAGCACUGAUGUCGAAUCCUUUUCUAGCAAGUCUAAAGGUCGUCCACCUUCAUCUGCCACUGCUCCUCCAAAAGGUCUUGGCAUGCAGCUUGGUAAAUCCCAAAAGACAAACCAGUUCUUGGAAUCCUUGAAAGCAGAAGGCGAAGUAAUUCUUGAGGAUGUGCAACCAAAAGCAGGCCAGUCCAGAUCAGCUGCUCCACCACUAACAGAUCCCAUCACUUUGACUGUUGAGGAGAAACUCAAUGUGACACUGAAACGAGAUGGUGGAGUUAGUAACUUUGAUGUUCAAGGAACAUUGUCACUUCAAAUUCUUAAUGAAGAAGAUGGGCAUAUUCAAGUUCAGAUUGAAACAGGUGGGAAUCCGGGUAUCCUUUUCAAGACGCACCCUAACAUGAACAAAGAAUUAUUUUCCAACGAGAAUAUUCUAGGCCUUAAGGACCCAAAUAGGCCUUUUCCCACCGGUCAGGGUGGUGAUGCAACCGGUGUUGGUCUGUUGAAGUGGAGAAUGCAAAGUACAGAUGAGUCAGUGGUGCCAUUGACAAUCAACUGCUGGCCCUCUGUUUCUGGAAAUGAAACUUAUGUCAGCAUUGAAUAUGAAGCUUCAUCAAUGUUUGAUCUACGGAACGUUGUGAUCUCAGUACCUCUUCCAGCUCUUCGAGAGGCACCAAGUGUUAGGCAGGUUGAUGGAGAAUGGAGGUAUGACUCGAGGAAUUCUGCCUUGGAGUGGUCCAUUCUUCUUAUUGAUAACUCAAACAGAAGUGGAUCCAUGGAGUUUGUUGUUCCUCCAACAGAUUCAUCUAUAUUCUUCCCCAUUUCUGUGCGGUUCUCAGCCACUAACACAUUCAGUGAUCUAAAGGUUGUAAAUGUGAUACCUCUCAAGGGUGGAGCCCCUCCGAAGCAUGCCCAGAGAACACAGUUAAUCACAGAGAAUUACCAAGUUGUCUGAGCGGUGUUUGUUUAAAAUGCUAGUGGAUUUAAAUUUUGAAGUCUGCCUUUCAUGUUGUUACCUUUUCUACUCUUUUGAAGAAGUUAGAUCGAUGGACUUGUUAUAUCCACAUGUAUGAAUGGACCUUAUAUACCUUUUAUCUUUUAGGAGAUUCUUUUUUGCAAUAACUGUAUUUACUUGCCCCUCACUUGGCAACCCAUAUUUCUAUCAGUCUGGUGGAUUCUAGCAAUCACCAUCUCUGUACAACUUGGAUUUUACUUUGUGAUUUUUCCCAUGUUGGGCUGUUCUAAAGCCCCGCCUAUAAGAGAGAUUCAUUUUGUUUA